AUGAGCAGAGCACCCCUAUUAUCCACUCCUCUCCCCGGCGAAGAACUCAUCCUCUACCUCUCGGUUUCGGCAACGGCACUUAGCUCUGUGCUCAUUCGCAAGCCGAACGGCAUCGAACUCCCCAUUUUCUACAUUAGCCAUGCUUUGCAAGACGCUGAGAUUCGGUACCCCGAGCUCGAAAAACUCGCCUACGCUCUCGUCCUUUCAGCACGCAAGCUUCGGCCAUACUUUCAGGCUCACAGCGUUACCGUCCUCACCAAUCAGCCUCUGCGCCAGAUACUCCAGAGACCGGAGACAUCCGGUCGGCUAGUCAAAUGGGCCAUCGAGCUCGGCGAAUUCGACAUCCGCUACCACCCUCGUCCUGCCGAGAAGGGACAGGCUGUAGCCGAUUUCAUCUCUGAGUUAACCGCGUCCGAGGGGCCAGUUUCGAAGGACGCCGCAUCCGAUUCAUCUUCGACGGUACCAGUCGCCCACCCGACCGAAGGAAUCUUUAAUCCGUCGAUUCCCCUUUGGACUCUCUACGUGGACGGUUCGUCCAACCGACAGGGCAGCGAAGCCGGCUUGGUACUCAAGGCCCCUGACCAGACAACCAUCGAAUAUGCCAUCAGAUUCCAAUUCCGAACUUCCAACAACGAAGCCGAAUAUGAAGCUUUGUUGGCGGGCCUUCGGCUCGCCAAAGAAAUGGGCGCUCAGCAACUGAGGAUCUGUAGCGACUCACAACUUGUCGUCAACCAGAUACUGACUGAAUUUGAAGCCAAGGACACUUCGAUGGUUGCCUACUUGACACACGCUCGCCGUUUGCUACACCACUUUACUGCGUACCAAGUUCAACAGAUCCCCAGAUCCGAGAACAGCCACGCCGAUGCUCUAUCACGUCUUGCAUCGGCGAUCGACGACAACAUAGGGCGCCAUGUGCCGAUCGAGGUCCUCACUCGUCGCAGUACCACCGACCUCGAAGUACACGCCGUUCGGCAGGAUCCAAGUUGGAUGGACCCUAUCCACGCCUACCUCGCCAACGGCACGCUGCCUGACAACAAAUCUGACGCAACGACUAUCCGCCGCCGAUCGGCACGGUACCUCCUUCUGAAUCAGAUUCUCUAUCAGCGCCGUUUGCUACACCACUUUACUGCGUACCAAGUUCAACAGAUCCCCAGAUCCGAGAACAGCCACGCCGAUGCUCUAUCACGUCUUGCAUCGGCGAUCGACGACAACAUAGGGCGCCAUGUGCCGAUCGAGGUCCUCACUCGUCGCAGUACCACCGACCUCGAAGUACACGCCGUUCGGCAGGAUCCAAGUUGGAUGGACCCUAUCCACGCCUACCUCGCCAACGGCAUUGCCCAAUGGGGUUUAGAUCUCAUCGGCCCUAUGCCCCAGGGAAAGGGACAGGUCAAAUUCGCCAUCGUCGCCGUCGACUACUUUACCAAAUGGACCGAAGCCGAAGCUUUGGCAACAAUCACUGCAGCCAGGGUUGAACAUUUCGUAUGGAAGAAUAUUAUUUGUCGAUUCGGCCUCCCGAACGCAAUAAUCACCGACAACGGAAAGCAAUUCGACUCCUCACAGUUCCGGCACCUAUGCCACCGAUUUGGCAUCAACCUGUUCUUCGCCUCCCCAGCGCAUCCACAGUCGAACUGCCAAGUCGAAGCCAUCAACAAGAUCAUCACGAAGACGCUGAAGAAAAAGCUUGGGACGGCUAAAGGAGCAUGGCCCGACCUCCUUCCGGAAGCACUAUGGGCCAUCAAUACCUCCUACCGACGGUCGACUGGCGAGACGCCAUUUUCCCUUGCCUUUGGUUCCGAAGCUGUUGUUCCAGUCGAGAUCAACGCACCCUCGUGCCGAACGGCAUCUUACGAGCCGGAGCAAAACGAAGCCCAGCUCACUCUCAACCUGGACCUCAUUGAGGAACACCGUUCCCAGGCUCAGCUUCGGAAUGCUGCCUACAAACAACGGACUUCCCGCUACUACGACUCGCGCGUCAGACGCCGAUCGUUUAAGGUGGGGGACUGGGUACUACGUAAAAUCUCCCUCGCCACCAAGGACUCCAACGAAGGCACCCUUGGUCCAUCUUGGGAAGGUCCUUACGAGGUUGUCACCAUCUGCCGCCCAGGAACAUACCGUUUGCGCGGUACCGAUGGUCAAACCCUCGGCCACCCUUGGAAUGUAGCACAUCUCAAAUAUUACUAUAAGUGA